AUGGCAACAGCAGAAAAUGGACACGCCUUGGAAGGCGUGGAUAAAACUAUUUCCCUUAAUGAACCGACAUCAAGGAGAAUCAAUCCGUUUCGCUGGACAGUUGGAUUGGUCGUGCGACUUUGCAUUUGGUAUGCAUUGCUCACACCGUUCUUUCGAUGUCCAUCCCGUUUCUCGGAAUUAGAGGAUUCCUCUCCGCGCGUUUGCAAGCCUUAUCUUAUUGCCCGGUCUCACAUCGAGCCUCAUAUUCUCCCUUAUUACCAGACCUAUGGGGCACCUUAUGUCGAUGUAGCCCGUCCCUAUGUGCUAGUCUUCAACGAACAUAUCUACUCGCCUGCUGCAAAUGUCGCUAAACAAGGAUACGAUAAGUAUGGGGCACCUGCACUGGAUCGAGUCCAAGUGUAUGGCCAGCAGCAGUGGGAUGCACAGGUUGCCCCACAUCUGCAGUUUACGCAAGAGAAACUAAGUGAUAUAUACAAGGCCAAGGUAGAUCCGUAUGUUGAGCAUGCAGUGACAGCAGUCUCCCCUUACUACAAGAAGGCCAAUAUCGUGAUUGCUACGGUUUACGGCGACUAUGUCCUACCUUUCUAUGCCCAAUCAAUGCCUUUCAUUGGGAAGACAUAUUCAUCCAGUCAAGAUAUUCUCGUGACAACUGUUAUGCCACAUGUACAGAGCACCUGGUCGUCGGUCAUCUAUUUCGCAAACAGCUCGUUGUGGCCACGGAUCACGGGGCUCUAUUCGGAAAAUGUCGAACCGCAGCUGGUUAAGAUUGGACAGAGGCUAGCAAGCUACAGAGAAGGAAAACGGGUGCGAACGGUUGUAGAUGAAGUUGACAGUACCUCCUCUGAUCAGCCGACAUCUCCUACUACCUCUGUAUCAGUGAGAACCAGUCGUGCUUCUCAACCUUCGUCCACGACAUCUACAACUGAAGUUCCCUCGGCGCAAACUACAUUUUCCCCAGCAGAGAAGACCGCCCAUACUCGUGAGAAGAUUUCAUCAGAUCUUCGCACCUGGCAAGAAAAGUUCGCGGUGGCCGCUGGUAAAGGUGUUGAAGAUCUUGAAGAACGCGUGAACGAGAUAAUCGAAAGCCAAAUGAAUAGUGGUGUCAAGAGCCAUGGAGAGAGCCUCGCAACGGCUUUGGAAGCUGUUGUCGAGCAUGAACUAUCAACUAUCAAGCUCCGUAUCAGCACUUUGGCUGGAUCUCUACCAUUUGAAGAUGUGCCGAAAGACGAAAGAACUGCACAGGAAGAACUUCUGAAAGACAUUAAACAAUCCGCAAUUUCGAUUCGAGAGCGUGCUCACGCUCUGAGGGAAUGGUAUAGGUCUUUCGACGGAGAGCUCAUGCGCCGGGUCUCUGCGGCUGUUGACUCAACACUUGAUGUUCUAGACAACGUGCGUGAUCUAGGCCUGCAGGAAAUAGGCAUGCGAUGGGCAUGGAUGGACGGUGUCACCUACAAAGAUUGGGCAAAAUACCAUGACCUCAAAGCUCAGUUUGACGACUGGAAAAAUGACGUACGUCAAGUUGGAAUGCAGAAUGCAAAAAUCGAAGAAGCCACUGGUUUGGCUAAUGCAGUGCUGGCCCAUGCUAUGGAUGUAGCCGAGGCCGCUGCAAAGGAACUAGCCAGGCUCAAAGACGUUGGAAGGUGGAAAAUUUCAGCCCGGGAAGUGAGCGAUAACUUCGAUACAAGAUCUGGUCCUCUCCCUGCACUUCCAAAGGCCAGAACUGUGCCUGAUGAGUCCACGGAUGAGAACAUCACACUUGAGCCUGAGCAAGCUGAUGCAGAAGCCUCUGGAGAUUAUACCGAGGCUAAUCUUGGGAACGUGGAAGGUCAGGAUUCUUCAGUCUCAUGGGGAGCGGCUGCGGCUGGAAUUGUUCCAGGGCAAUCCGACCUGUCCCCAGAUGUACCCGAGGAAGUCACCAAAGAUCAGCUGGCUGACCAUUUAACUGCGUCGCCGACAAAGCCUCUACAUUACAUCUCCUCCGUCGCAUCCUCGAGAUUGAGUGAAGGCCUUAGUCUCGCUUCUGCACGGCUCGCACAAGUUCAAGCGACAAUACCCCCGACAACCACUCCAGACCAAAACCCUAUCCUUCUGGACGCACGGCGCCGCUACUACGAAGCUAUCGGGUUGGCACAUGACCACUAUUCUGCUUUCGUCUCCUCUGCCUCUGGGGCAGUAUAUGGUUCCCCAACCCCGACUCCGCCACCAGGAACUUUCCAGGGUUUCGUCGAAGAUGCCAGGUCUCGUUACAGCCAAGCGGCCGAGAACUGGGAAAGUCUCGUUUCUAGGGCGAGUGAACAGGUUUACGGCACUGAAGCACCUUAUUCGCAGCAAAUAUUAAGCCGCGUCCCGCAAUACGAAGCAGUGGAAGUUCUUGUAUCAGAACUUCUUGUUGGUAAAGAGCCUGCUUUCGCCGACAAUGUCAUUAAUCAGUUGCGCGCUAUUUACGAGACUCCGUAUCCAGCUUCUGCACUAUCGUCAGCGUCAAGCUAUGCCAGCGUUGUUAAUGAAGCGGCACCUUCGGCCUUUUCCGCUUACGUCACUGACAUCCCCGCUGUUGACGACAUUUUGAACAGCGCAAAUGAACAACUUGAAAUUGCACUUGAGGCCGCCAGCAUUCAAAUCUAUGGCACCCCCAAAGGCCCAUAUGAGCAGGCGACAUCUGCUGCCGCUACUGCUUACGCUUCCGCCUCUGAUCAGAUUAGUGAAGCUGUUUACGGCACAGAGCCAGGAUAUGUUGAAUUUGCUAGUAGCGCAAUCGAUGGGGCAUUCUCCUCUGCUGGCUCAGCCAUCAGCGAAGCCAUCUACACCGCACCAUCCAGUCCGUCUGGACCUACCAGUGGUGCUUACGCCUCUGUCACAUCAAUCGCUGGGGAGCAGCAGGUGAAGUUUGAAAGCGCUACUAGCAAGCUCGGUGUUGCCGUCGAAAGUGCACAAAUAUCACUUGCUAAUCUAGUCUCCAGUGCUAGCAGCUUUGCUUCGGAGGCCGUAGAAACUGCUGUCUCGUACAGCGAGGAGUUGAUGCAUGAUGAUGAGAUUGUGUCUUCCAAAGAUGAAUUAUAA